UGAAGGGAAGGGAGUGAGGUGGGUGAGCGUCAGACUGGUUUCCAUGGAGGGACAGAGGGGGAGAGGUGAGGCAAGUGGACCCAAGCUCUCACGGUCACAGCGGCAGUAGCGCCACAGACGCCAUGUUCCGUAACUAGUUCUUCAUCCUUACAACCAGGACAAACCUUCAUGUGCUACGUGACAGACUCUCCCAUUAAUCAUACCACUAUGUCUAUAUCCCCCCACCCCAUAAACCAAUACCCAUUACCCCCAACUCUUCAUCCCCUUCUCUCCUAAUCUUUUUCACUUCCGCCCUCUUCUCUAUCUCUCUCUCCCAUGGUUUCUCUUUUCAGACAAUGGACGCUCCACCCAACUUCCAAAUCUCCCUUCCAAGGUGGAUUGGAAUAUUCCGGCGCCGGAAAGCAAACUCCGAUGAAAUCUACGAAGAAGACGACGGCCCCAUCUCCAAUUCCAUUGAAUGCUACGCCUGUACUCAGGUGGGAGUGCCGGUGUUCCACUCCACCAGUUGUGACCAGGCCCACCAGCCGGAGUGGGAGGCCUCAGCCGGUUCUUCCUUGAUUCCAAUUCAGGACAGGAGGACCGGGAAGGCCCGGUCGAACGGCCGCCCCUCGGGGCCUUUCGGGCGGGUCCUGGACCCGAGGACCAAGCCCGUGCAGAGGUGGAACCGCGCGUUCCUACUCGUCCGUGGGAUGUCCCUGGCAGUGGAUCCCCUCUUCUUUUACGUCAUAUCAAUUGGCGGCGAGGGGGGACCGUGCCUGUACAUGGACGGCGGGCUGGCGGCCAUCGUGACGGUGCUGCGGACGUGUGUGGACGCUGUGCACUUGUUUCACUUGUGGCUGCAGUUCAGGCUGGCGUACGUGUCUAGGGAGUCUCUGGUGGUGGGUUGUGGUAAACUCGUGUGGGACGCACGUGCCAUUGCCUCCCACUACGUCAGGUCUCUCAAAGGCUUCUGGUUCGAUCUCUUCGUCAUCCUCCCUGUUCCUCAGGUUGUGUUUUGGUUGGUUGUACCGAAAUUAAUCAAACAAGAGGAGAUAAAGCUGAUGAUGACAAUACUUCUGCUGAUGUUCUUGUUCCAGUUCCUUCCCAAGGUCUACCAUAGUGUUUGCUUGAUGAGAAGAAUGCAGAAGGUCAUGGGUUAUAUAUUUGGCACUAUCUGGUGGCGUUUUGUUCUUAAUCUCAUUGCCUACUUGAUUGCUUCUCAUGUUGCUGGAGGAUGCUGGUAUGUUCUUGCAAUACAACGGGUAGCAUCAUGUCUCCGUCAACAGUGUGACAGAAAUAGGUGCAAUUUCUCUUUGUCUUGCUCAAAGGAGGUUUGUUACCAGUUUCUGUUACCGGCAGGCACAGUAGGAAAUCCAUGUGUAGAUAACUCUACAAUAUUGACCAGGAAGCCGCUGUGCCUGGAUGUCAAUGGGCCGUUUGAAUAUGGGAUCUAUGACAUUGCUCUUCCUGUUAUUUCUAGUCAAUCCAUUGCUGUUAAGAUCCUUUAUCCCAUAUUCUGGGGUCUGCUGAACCUCAGCACUUUUGCUAAUGAACUUGCACCCACAAGUAACUGGCUAGAAGUGAUAUUCAGUAUAUGCAUUGUGCUCAGUGGCUUACUGCUCUUUACUUUAUUGAUCGGAAAUAUUCAGGUAUUUUUACAGUCUGUCAUGGCAAAGAAGAGAAAAAUGCAGCUGAGAUACCGAGAAAUAGAAUGGUGGAUGAGGCGGAGACAGUUGCCAUCUCAUCUGAGGCAAAGGGUUCGCCGUUUUGAACGCCAUAGCUGGGCAGCCAUGGGGGGUGAAGAUGAGAUGGAAUUGAUCCAGGACUUGCCUGAAGGGCUUAGACGGGACAUUAAGCGCCAUCUUUGCCUAGAUCUUAUUAAAAAGGUACCUCUGUUCCAGAGCUUGGAUGAUCUUAUCCUUGACAACAUCUGUGACAGGGUUAAGCCCCUGGUCUUCUGCAAAGAUGAAAAGAUUAUUAGAGAAGGAGACCCAGUGCAUCGCAUGGUGUUCAUCACCCGUGGCCAUAUAAAGAGUAGCCAAAACCUCAGCAAAGGCAUGGUGGCCACAAGCCUGCUUGAACCUGGAGACUUUUUAGGCGAUGAGCUCCUGUCUUGGUGCAUUCGCCGCCCAUUCAUAGACAGGCAUCCAGCCUCAUCUGCCACAUUUGUUUGUGUGGAAUCAACAGAAGCAUUCGGUCUAGAUGCAAACCAUCUGCGGUUCAUCACAGAGCACUUCCGCUACAAGUUUGCGAAUGAAAGGCUUAAGCGAACAGCAAGAUACUACUCAUCCAAUUGGCGAACAUGGGCAGCAGUGAAUAUACAAUUGGCUUGGCGUCGCUACAUAAUCAGGACCAGGGGAGCUCCAGCCAUUCCUGUGAUUGAAAAUGGAGGUAGUGAUCGUCGGCUCAGACAGUGUGCUGCAAUGUUCAUGUCACUUAGGCCUCAUGACCACCUGGAAUAAAGGCAAGUGCUGCAAUUUUUCGCCGGUCGGCCCCAUUAUUCAAUAAGAUCUUCUUUGUCAAAGUGUUGUAACUUGCAUUGAAUAUGAAUAAGAGACCUGCAAAAUCUUUCUUCAUUUGAUAAUAAAAAUUCAUUUUCUUGAUCUCUUCAAA